UACUGAUCCAUUUUCGCUUCGGACCGCAUCGGACUAACUCGAAUUCUUAGUUCAGUGCCAAAUAUCUUCUAGUCAACAUCAAAAGGGUUCAAAGAUUUUAUUGCUGCGUGUUCGAAAUGAACAGAAAAGGUCCUCCCGUACCACCGAAACCGAAUUUCAAUGGUCAGGUGCAAAAAUUGCAAUCGUCGAUCGAUUUCAAACAGUUCCGGGAUAGUGGAAUCUUAGAAGACGUAAGCGGUAUUCGUAGAAGUGAAUCUGAAAUAUCUAAACUGCAUGUAUCAAGUCCUCAAAGUGUGAGACUGUUGGCUCAACAAUUCGCCCAAAUGCGUCGGAAUUCCGAAAGUGCUAAAGCUAAACCAGCCGUUCCACCAAAACCAACAUUGGCAGUACAAUCAAUUGAAAAGCUUUGUGAUGAAAACAGCUCAGACAGUGAAAAUAUCUACGAAGAUGUUUGCGUAAGUGACAACGACGAAGGAUGUUACCCGUUUGCAUCGUUUGAAGAUCUACCAACUUCAGGCCACCCCAAGAAUGCUGUGGAAGAAUUUCUACAAAAUGAACGAAAAUAUGUUGAUAGGUUACAGCACUACAUCUCUUCUCUGAUACCAAUUAUGUAUCAGCACAACUUGCCAACCGGGCUAAGAUUCCAGAAAAAUAACAUUUUUGCAAACAUUGAAUCAAUCCACGCAAUGCAUAGAGAUGAAUUUUUGCCAGCAUUGGAGCAAUGUAAGAAUAACGCAGAAAAGAUUAUGCACACUGUUGUUGAAUUUAUCGAAAACGAUAAAUUCUAUUGCUAUGUUCUGUAUGCACUAAAUAAACACAAAUCGGGAAGAAUAUGCGAUGCGAAUUCAGAUUACUUGCAGAAUGUCUGCUACGACCUGGACAAAUUUCUUCUAGAACCGGUUCAGCGGUUACCAAGAUACAAAUUACUUCUCAAAGAAAUUCUAAAAGAAAGUGUUAAAUGUAGUGCCAAAGACUCUAUUGGGAGAGAAACGGUCGUCCUAUGCAGAACCGAGACUAUACUUUCACGGUUAAUUGAACUAGUCGACGCAGCAGUAAGCUUAAGUGAUAUAUUACCCUAUAUGGAGUCGCCGUUGCAAUCUACAAAGCUUCAAACGUUAAGCUAUCAGGAGGAUCUACCACUAGCACUGAUUUUAAGGCCUGAGUUGCAAAAAAGUGCCAUACAAAAAGAUCCUAUCAACUUGCUGUAUCAAGGAAGGUUAAGGAGUUUCAUAGAUUUGGAAAUUUACGACUACCAUGAACGGCGCAAGUAUCUGUCGAAAAUAUUCUUUUUCGAAAAAUUACUACUGUACACCGAGAUUCAAAAAGGCAAGUUGGAAUAUCGAGGUCACUACUUUGAUUCGGAGGUAAACUACUACGAAGAAUCUCGUAGCAAAUUGUUGCUUUUCUGCAAACGCCGGGGGAACCAAGAUAUUCUUGUACACUCAAAUCAUGCUUCAGGAUUGGUUUAUUUGAUUGGAUAUGUCGAUAAAAUGCGCGAAAGCUUUGUUCAUAAUCAGGCAAAAGAAUUCUUUUCAGAUAAAAAACAAAAGCGAUCGAUUGGAGUUAACGACUUUAUCGAUACAGGGCAAUCGUCAAACAUUGAACAAGAGUCUCAGUGGAAUUUUGAUGAACACUUGUUCGCGUUAGUCAGAUGCCAGCAACAUUUUUGUCAUGUACUGCACGCAAACUACAAUUUUUAUCUGGCAAGUCAAUCACACGAUGACCGAACUGCGAAGUUUCAAGAGCAUUUCAGGAAAAUGUACGAUUUGCACAACUCUCGAAUACUAUCCGAUUUGUCCAAGUUAAUUAAUCUACUGGAGAUGUGUGAACUAUUUUUAUCGUAUUUGAAGAAUGAAUUGUUACCAUCAAUCUACUACGAUUAUUUAAAGGAGUUCAAGAGAGCGAUCUCGGUGAUUAAUAUUUAUCGCACUCCAGCGACAUUCAACAACAAAGUUGCACCGAAGCCGGAAGACUUUGCUUUCCUGUGUAUCGAUCAUCUAGAAGAGUAUUGCCGGUUCUUCGAAAAAGCUAGCAGCAGAAUGUCUGAAGACAGUAGCACCAACAUUCCAAUCGAUAUGGAACUUUUUCGUCAGCUAGCCAUAACUCAGGCGGAGCUGAACAAAUUUGUUCAUAACGUUCGACAAAACUACAAACUGUACCAUCUGGAUGAUCGAGCGGUCGAUUGCGGAUUGGUGAAGUACAGCGAAGUAAUCACACUGCAAGUAGACGGUGAGGACCUGCGUUGUCGACUCUUCAUCAACGAACGGGCAGUGGUCUGUGUAAGCAUUCAGGUGAUCAGAGAGCACGACAAAAGUGUAGAGAUUUAUGUUAAAAUUGUUUUUAUUGAUAAGUUUUGCGGACGAGGUACUCCUAUGAGAAUGAGACGAAGUAGAAAGACUGAUAUGAGACUGAACUUCGUGAUCGAUAGCGUGACGUACAAAGUGUUUUUUAAUAGCCGACAGGACAGGGAUAGGUUUUACGAUAAAUAUAUAGAUCAUUUUGUUUUGGUAAAAUAA